CCCGCAACUAUUUAAGUCUUGCAGCCCACGUUUUGCCUCCUCCAUGAUUCGUCCAGUUUCUCCUUUCCCAUACAUACCUUGACCGCAACAGGUUAGUAGUCAUCUGAAAUGAAAUCUCCUACGCUUCUAGGUUCGCAUGGCCCCUCAUCGAGAUCCAGCGGGCCGGGUAUGCGCAAUGACUAUGUUCUUACAGUCGGGCCUACCCGAAACUUCAGGAUCUCUAAUGCGGGGGUGGGGCGUCUGUAUCCCUCUCCACCACAUCGGCAAAUGUCCCACAGCUUCCACAAAGACUUCUCGUGAGAUGCUUGGGCAACCUUUAAAAAGCAUGUCUAAGCAAGAGAAUGAUGCCCAAACUUCAGAACUCAAUACAUUAGCAAAAUGGCCACCGUGGAUGUUCAACAACCUGUCGUUCCACCGACACCCCCUAACGUCGACUCGGAAGAAACGCCCCAGCGAAAGACCGACGAUAUCUUUCACGGACUCACCUCAAAAUGGCCCGUCGCUCUAGAUCUCGCAGGCGGAGGUGCACCUUGCCGUCUGGAGGGUGAAGUAGGCGAUUUGGUCGUCUUGGGCGAGAUUCCAAAGGAGCUAAACGGCACCUUUUACCGCGUCAUGACGGACCCAUUCGUCCCGCCCCACCCCAACAAUGUUCCUCUUGAUGGAGACGGCCACAUAUCCGCCUUUCAAAUCCACGAUGGAAGAGUGGAUAUGAAGUUGAAGUAUGUUGAGACAGAGCGCUAUCUGAUUGAACGCCGGGCCAACAAGGCCAUGUUUGGCCUUUACCGUAACCCUUAUACGCAUCAUCCAUGUGUGCGGGCCGCAGUCGACUCAACCGCAAAUACAAACCUUGUUCUUUGGGCAGGACACCUGCUAGCACUCAAGGAAGGAGGGCUGCCUUACUCGGUAGAUCCUAAUACCCUCGAGACUGGAGUAUAUGAUCCCUUUGGCCAAGUCAAGUCCAAAACAUUUACCGCACAUCCCAAAGUGGACCCGUAUACGGACGAAUUAGUCGUAUUUGGCUACGAAGCAAAAGGUCUUGCGACAAGAGACAUUGUCGUGUAUACGCUGGACAAGGAGGGAAAGAAGAAGGAUGAGCAAUGGAUCCAGGGUCCUUGGGUUGCUGCCAUCCACGAUUGCGCCAUCACUCCGAACUGGCUGAUUCUCGUGCUGUGGCCUUUUGAAGCCGAUGUCGAACGCAUGAAGCGUGGCGGUCAGCACUGGGCAUGGAACUACGACCGCCCCGCAACUUUCGUCGUCAUACCGCGCAGAAAGAGCACCAAGCUCCCGCCUGGCUGGAAGCAAGGCGAGUGGAGAGUGUAUCCUUGGGAAAACUGUAUGCUCGUGCACACCGCAGGAGCAUGGGAAGGCGAAGACCACAAACUCUACAUCGAAACCUCUCGCGUUCAUGACAACGCCUUUCCCUUCUUCCCCCCCGACGACGGCAGAAUGCCCGAGCCCGACGCAAAAGCCGAUUUUGUGCGUUGGGAACUCGACCUCACCAAGCCAACCGAUACCCGCCUCCCUGAUCCCGAGAUCAUUGUCGAUGUGCCCUGCGAGUUCCCCCGCAUCGACGAACGCUUCAACACCAAGCCUUAUCGAUAUAUCUUCUUGGACGCCUUCAUGCCCUCGCGCUCCGACGGCGGCAAAAACAUUUUCCACGGUCUCAACGCGCUCGCUAUGAAAGACAAACAGACAGGCAGCAUGCGCUUCUUCUACGCAGGCGACGGCUCCUUAGUCCAAGAACCGGCCUUCAUCCCCCGCUCCGACGAUGCGCCCGAGGGCGACGGAUGGAUCGUGACGAUGGUGGAGAGGAGAGAGACGAACAAGAAUGAUAUUGUAGUGAUUGAUACGCGCGAGUUUGAGAGGCCGGUUGCGAUUGUCCAGUUACCGAUCCAUGUUAAGGCGCAGGUGCAUGGGAAUUGGGUUGACGCGGGGAGUUUGAAGGAAAAUAAGAGUUUGGUGAGGGAGCCGAGGGUGGUGAAGGUUAGUGGAAAGGGGGCUUUGGAGCCGAUUGAGUAAGGGGGAGGGGAUGGAUUUGGCUGAUGGUUUUACUUGGCGCUAUUCGCAAGUUGGUAGUUUUUGCAACUUUAGUGGCUGUUGCCUUGGUGU